AUGGAAAGAGAUGAAGAUGAUGAUAUUCCAACACCAAAUACAAGCCGUUCAAAUAGUAUUAAUGAGGAUGAAGAAAAACCAUCUUUACCUCCUACGUCACUUCCAGCUGAAGAAACAAUUCAAUCUGAAUCUUCUCCUACAAAAGAUGCAUCUAGUAAUGUUGCUGAGCAAAUGAAAACAACAAUAGCUGCAAAACGAGCGACAUUCGCAUCAAGUUCUUCUUCUUCAUCAGAAUCUGACCCCGACUUUGUUGAUGUGACUAAAAAUGAUUUUACUCAAGAUGGUUCAGCAUCAACUAAUGCCGUAAGUUUCGCUAACUGGCUGAUGCGCUCAAGUGAUUGCUUUAUGUAA